CUUAGAUUAUUAAAUUACUAUCUAAUCAUAGUGUUUAGCAACCGUUUGGACAUUGAAGGUCGAGUACUGUUCUUGGCUUGGAUGUAAGCACGCUUUACUCCGAUUUGUUGAUGGUACAAGAAUUUAAGGCUGAGGGUUCCUUCUUAUUUGGGUCUAAACAAAAAUGGUUGUGUGAAUCGAGGAGGAGGGGGUUGCUGUGGGGGAAGGAGAUUGAAGACCUCAAAUAUUUAAUGAGCGGGGAAGGGAGAGUAAAUGGUGGGAGAAGCCAGGUGGGGAGGAGGGAAGGGAGGGGGAGCACGUGCUUCUCACACACUGCCAUUAAUAAAAUUACUUCACUGAAACGGCAUUGUCUUCUCCUCUGAGCUCCAUCUACUCUCUCUCUCUCUCUCUGUGCAUUUCCUGGCUUCUGCAGCACGCUUUGGGAUUCUCCGAGGCCCUUUCUCUCUUCUCUCUUCCCCUUUCUCUCUCUUUCUGUUGUCUCUCUGCGCGUAGGACUUACUGUUGAGAAAGAGGUAAGGAGGGAGGCUGGGAGAGAGGGAGAGGGGAAGACGCGUUUUUUCCUUCGUUUUCGUCUGCGCUGGACGGACACUAUCUUGAUUCCAUCGAGGCAAAGAAUUGUUGGGUUUUGGGAAGAUUCCUGAGAUAAGCAGCACAGUGUUUCUGGGGUAAGAUCUUGGCGAGAAGAGCUCUUUGCGGGGGAUCCCAAGGCGUGAUCCUACGUGAACUCGGGCCCCAGGAUUUUGUUCCGUUGCUCAGUGAGUGAGUGAGAGAGAGAGUGACAGAGGGAGGUUGGAGAUAGCUCAACGGUGAAAAAUUAGUUCCUACCGGUGUGAUCUCGAGGACAAGAGGAGACGCCAUGGUGGUGGAGUAACGUUUCCAACGGAAAAGAUUCGAGAGAUUCAAGCGAAUUUCGUGGUUUGUUUCCUCCUUUUUCUUGCCUCUUGAUUUCUUGAGGGGCUGCAAAAGUCGCCGGCUUUGUUUCUUCGUCGUUUGGAUUUCCGGCGUCUCCACACGUCCGGAUCAAGCGAAGCGAAGCUGCCCAACUCAUUGUUUCUACCAUUUGCUAAAGGAGAAACGGCGAUUAGAGCUCAGAGAGUGUUGCCCACAAGCAGCGUCUUCUCAUGUGAGAAUGCAUGCUCUCUACCAGUAUGGCAUUUAGAGGAAGCAUUUAAAUGCUAAAUUCUUCGAGUUCGAACGAAUAGCGGAAGUAAAUCAGAGUUCUGCUUUCUCAGAAUAUCUCAGACACUUUGUUCUACUCGAUUUCUGAAACAUUUCACGACAUGAACGCGUGAGCUCUUUAAUCCCUACAGGAAGAGUCGUCCAACUAGUUCGUUACAAGGUGGAAAUCUAGUUUUGGAGUCUAACGAGGAACUUGUGAUCUCCCUAGCUGUCGGGAGUGGAAGUGAAGGCAUUCAACAGAAAAAAGGGCAAAUCGAGGUUGACGGUGAAAGGAUGGGAAAAUCGAGUGGAUUAAGUCGAAUUCAUGGAUCAUGAGGCUGAAAUAUGCUGGAAAAUGCGGAAAUUAAGAGGGAUUCUGCUCCUCUUUCUGGUGAGCGGCCUCUUAAAGUUGACUUUUUCUCAAGCGGAUUCCCUGUCGGAGAAGGAGAUCCUUUUGGAGUUCAAAGGAAACAUUUCCGAUGAUCCUCUGAACUCCUUGAUUUCCUGGAAUCCAUCGGAUCCGACCCCCUGCCAAAACUGGACUGGGAUCAUCUGUUCUGAAGGAACGGUUGAAAAGAUCAUACUGCAGAAUUGUCGUCUCGACGGGGUCUUGUCGGUGAGUCUUAUCGGAUUGAAGUCGUUGAGAGUUCUAAGCCUCCCUGGCAAUGCCUUCCAUGGACAAAUCCCGCAGGAGUACUCUCAGAUGGUAUCUCUGUGGAAGCUCAAUGUCAGCCAGAAUGUUCUCUCAGGGCCAAUUCCCGACUUCCUCGGUGACCUUCCCAACAUUCGAAUGCUGGACCUGUCGAAGAACGCGUUCGGUGGGAGUAUUCCCUCCUCCCUCUUCAGGAACUGCUUCAAGACGAGGUACAUCUCCCUCUCACACAAUAACCUCAAUGGCUCGAUCCCUGCAUCCAUUGCCAAUUGUUCGAGGCUUGAAGGUUUCGACUUUUCCUAUAAUGAUCUCAGUGGCAAAAUACCAGAAGAGAUUUGGUGGGGAAUUCCGACUCUAAAUCAUGUUUCUCUGAGAAGCAAUGCUUUUGCCGGACAACUUUCACCACUGAUUGCUUCCUGCCGUAAUUUGGAGUUUCUUGACCUUGGGACCAAUCUUUUGUCUGGGUCCAUCCCUUCUGGUUUGCUUGGUCUCCCAAACCUUACUCAUCUGGCUUUCGGAGACAACUUCUUUACCUCUGUUCUUCUUCCGGAUAUCCUCGCUUCUCCUUCGCUCAAUUAUUUUAAUGCGACCUUCAAUCAGUUACGGGGUGACAUCCCUGAGAUCAGAAACUGCAGCAACCGGCUAGAGUUUCUCGACCUGUCUGAUAAUCAUUUUACUGGAGAUAUUGGGACUACCAGCAUUCAGAACUGCAGAAGCUUAAGACUUCUCAAUAUGGGGUCUAACAAGCUCAGUGGAAACAUUCCACCUGAGAUUGGAAAACUAUUCAGGCUCUCUGUGUUGAGAUUGGGGAAUAAUUUUAUAAACGGAUCGAUCCCUUCUGAGGUUGGCAAUAUCGAGCUUCUUCAAGUAUUGGAUUUGCGCAACCUUCAGCUGGUUGGUGACAUCCCCCUUGCUUUAUGCAAUUGCAGAUUUCUGCUUGACCUGGAUCUAUCUGGCAAUGGUUUGCAAGGUACAGUUCCUGAAGCCCUUUACAACAUGACGUACUUAGAACUUCUAGAUUUACACAGGAACAAACUGAAUGGAAGCAUUCCAUCGACACUUGGCCAACUGGUUCAGCUCAAGUUGCUCGAUCUGUCUGACAAUGCGCUGGGCGGUGAAAUACCAUCCUCUAUUGGGAACCUGACAAAAUUGACCUAUUUGAAUGUGUCCUUCAACAAUCUUACUGGGCCCAUCCCGUCUAACCCCAUCUUCCAGCAGUUUGGAGAGGCACCUUUCAUUGGAAACAGGGGCCUUUGUGGCCCUCCUCUUGCUGUUUCUUGCUCAGGCAAGAGUACCGUAUCUGGUGCAAAGAAGACCAAGUUGCUGAGUGUUUCUGUGAUCAUAGUCAUUGUUGCUGCUGCGGCAAUAUUUACAGGAGUUUGCGUUAUCACUUUUAUGAACAUCAGGGUUCUAAGAAGGGUGAGGCCUCCAGAGAUUUUGGUCUCUGAAAGCACAGCAGCUUCUACAGAAUCGAACAUCAUCAUUGGAAAAUUAGUCCUUUUCAGCAAGAGCCUGCCGUCCAGGUAUGAAGAUUGGGAAGCAGGAACCAAAGCUUUGUUAGAUAAAGAUUGUUUAAUUGGAGGGGGAACGAUAGGUACAGUCUACAAGACUACAUUUGAAGGUGGAAUCUCCAUUGCAGUAAAGAAGCUAGAAACGCUUGGGCGGAUCAGAUCUCAGGAAGAAUUUGAGCAUGAGAUUGGUCGGCUUGGAAACCUUCAACACCCAAAUCUUGUCCCAAUGCAAGGUUAUUAUUGGUCGUCCACGAUGCAGCUUAUCCUCUCCGAAUUUGUUCCCAAUAGUAAUCUCUAUCAACUUCUUCAUGAAUCCAGUCCUGGCACUAACAGGAGUAAACUUUCUUGGGACAGGAGAUUCAAGAUUGCAGUAGGAACAGCCAGAGCGCUUUCUUACCUUCACCAUGACUGUCGUCCACAAGUGCUUCAUCUAAACAUCAAGUCUACAAACAUUCUCUUAGAUGAACAAUAUGAGUCCAAAUUAUCAGAUUAUGGACUCGGAAAACUUUUGCCAAUGCUGGACAAUUAUGUCUUAACAAGGUUUCAUACUGCAGCUGGAUAUGUUGCUCCCGAGUUGGCUCACCAAAAUUUGAGAACGACUGACAAAUGCGACGUUUACAGUUUUGGAGUGGUUCUGUUGGAGCUUGUGACAGGGCGAAAGCCAGUUGAGAGUCCAAGGGCAGCAGAGGUGGUAGUGCUAUGUGACCAUGUGAGGCGGCUUUUGGAGCAUGGCAGAGCUUCUGCCUGCAUAGAUCCCAGUCUGCACGGGUUUGCAGAGAAUGAGGUGACGCAAGUUCUGAAGUUGGGUUUAGUCUGUACGUUGGAUAACCCUUCAAGGAGGCCAAGUAUGGCUGAGGUUGUUCAGGUAUUGGAAUCCAUAAGACCAAAUUCAGAUGGUUGAAAAGCUAAGGUACCUUGUAUUUGUUAUAAAAGGAAACAAAAUCCAUUCUUUUGUUGGUUUCUCCCCCUUCUUGAUGUAUUAUUUUCACCAUUCCCUUGUCAUUAUUAUUGUUAAUCCAGAUUCAUUGAAUGAAAUGUGAUUUUUUCUUUAA